GCGGGCUCACUGCUGGCCGCCCCGCUCCCGCCCAGCGCCAGCCCGACUGUACCCGAUGCGGAAUAAACAAGUCGUUCUGCAGCAGCUGCUAUACGCGCUGCUGCGCCGGCGGCAGCCAGUCUUACUUUGACGGGGCCGCAGUCUCCAUCAGUAUGAAGUUGUUGGUGGCGCUAACCGCGCUGUUUGUCGCGGCGCUCCUGGCGCCAGGCGGGGCGGGGGCGGCCAGCACGUACCAGCAGUCGGCCAAGGCGACGCUGGACUUUAUCAACCAGGAGCAGGCCCACGGGGCCGCCGAGGCCUCUGCGCCCAAGGCGACGGCCGCGCCCCGCCCGGCCAGCACCACGCCGACGUCGGCCCUCCGCCGCCCCGGUGACAGCCAGCAGCACGUCGUCCCACUCCACCCGCCGAGCAGGCAGAACGCGACGUCCACUGCCCCGAAGAAGGACUGGGAGCUGGUGACCCCAAGGCAGGCCGUCAUCACGACCCCACGCACCGCCCCAACCUACCGCCCGGUCACGCCGCCCAGCUACGCCGGCGUGGUCAAGGACCACGGGCACGGCCACGGCUACAACCACCAGGACAGGCUGCCCACCCUGCCCGCCACCACCACGCGCCCCCGGGUGUACAACAUCCCCAUCGUGGUCGAGGACCGCGGCAACUACACGACGACCACCGAACAGAGCCGAUGGUACGACAAGCUCUUCGGCAAGGGCACCGACCUGGACGACGACAGUCCAUGGGGACGGCGCAAGCGCCAGGCGUCCGAGAAGCCGGAGGGAGCGGAGAGGUCCGAGGUCGUCAUCGGCAGCAACGCGAUCACGGUUAGCGGUGGCCGCAAGCGCCAGGGCGCUGCGCAGAGCAGGCCCAGGCCUCAGCCCAACAACUAGAGUUAGGAAUUAUUAUACUACCUUGAGGAAAAUUAAAAAUGCGUCUGUAGAAGUAAA